AAAAGGCAUUUCAAGCUUUAAAAAAUCAUUUAAUUACAUCUCCAGUAUUACGACAUCCAGAUUUUAGUAGGCCAUUUUAUCUUCAUACUAACACUUCAAUUUUAGGAUUGGGAGCUGUAUUGGUACGAUUAGAUAAAGAUAACAAAGAAUAUGUCAUUGCAUAUGCUAGUCGUAGCAUUAAUCGGGCUGAACAAAAUUAUUCUAUAUCUGAGUUAGAGUAUCUUGCUAUCAUGUGGGUAGUAGAAUAUUUUCACCAAUAUCUGGAAUUAAAGCCGUUCUUCCUUAUUACAGAUCAUUCAUCAUUAUAA